AUGAAAUUUUUUUAUAUUAACAUAUUUUUGUUAUUUGUUUCCUUAGGACAUUUUAUAUCAUUAUAUAAGGAUUAUAAUAAAAAAUAUAUAUACACAAAUGAAAUAUAUAAUAAUUUUUUUAAUUUAAAAAUCAAAAGAUCGUUAGCUCAGCAUGCUAGAAAGAAAUCUCUGAAACGUAUCGUAACAAGAAAUAGUUUAACAAACGAAACCAUAUCAAAUGAUAAAUUACUGGAUAGAAAUGAUGUAAUUGAUAAUAGUUACAAUGGACUCCAAAUGGAUGAAAAUUCACAGGAUAAUGAAAAAAAUAAUUAUGGAUUAAAUGAAAAAUUAAAAAAUGAAUAUGAAAAAUACAUAUUAAAGAAUAGUUCAUCAAAAUCAUUUGAUUGUAUGACAAGAUUAAAGAACUGGUUAUAUAGAAAGAUAUAUAAGGAAAGGAGUUUUUGGGUACAUUUAUCAAUGUUUACAGGUGUACUAGGAGCUGGUGCAGCUGCGAGCUUAUUUAAUAUGUUAUGCAUAUUAAUAUGUAGUUUGGGAACUGGUAUUAGCUUAACUUUUAUUGGUGCUUUUGGAACUAUUUGGGCUGUUUUAGUGGGAAUAAUAAUAUUAAUAAUUUUAGGAACAUGGAUGCUUGUUACGUGGUUAUGGCCACACAAGGAUGUAUAUAAUGAAACAUGUGGAAUAUAA